UUCACAACAGAAGUACACAGGGCUUCGGCUGGAAAGGGGGGGAAUAUUGCCUGACAACGAUUAUUUUCUCUCAUAGUGGCUGUGGAAACUCAUAUCUGUAGUCGGAUAGUCAGUCGGUAGGUCAUUUCGCUCUUCAGCCGUCACCCACGACUUUGCCUCCUGCUGUAACUGAAGAGCAAGUGGGUUCAUGACCACCAGGAAGCUCCUAAUUUUAUCAUACCUGGAUUAACUCGCGGGCUUCUUUACCCUCUUUUUCUUUUACACCUUUGUUGUUUUUUGCAAGGAACAGACUUUUUCCUCGGACAGAAUGUUGUGGAAAUUAGCCGACAACGUAAAAUAUGAGGAUGACUGUGAGGAAAGGCACGACGGUAACAGCAAUGGGAACCCACGGCUGCCUCACCUGCCAGCGGUCAGUCAACACCUCUACAGCCCGUCUCCUUCCCUCUCACACUCGGCCAGUUCGGACUUCCAGCCCCCUUACUUUCCCCCUCCCUAUCAGCCUAUAUCCUACCCACAGUCUAGUGACCCCUACUCUCACCUCGGAGAUCCUUUCAACAUCAACUCCAUACACCAGUCGCCAUCAUCGAACCAACAACAGCCGUGGCCUGGGCGGCAGGGCCAGGAGGGGAUCGGCGCCCACGGGAGGAGCGGGCUCGCGAGUCAGAUCCUUGGCUUGGAGGGAGGCUCUUCGGGGGUGAGGAGGGAAGGGUUCCGCCGCCCGGAGCUGCUGUCCCCACACGCUCACAGUCUAGAGUCAUCGAUUAUUGGCGAUAAUAUGGGAAUGCACGACAUGGGGCACGGACUGGAUGAUGUUCAACAAGUAGAUGACCACAGUAUUAUUGUGGCAGAUCAGACAGUCAUCAAAAAAGUAUUAGGACUACGAGGUGGCAGGAACCUUGAUCGCUUACAGAGGACUUAUUAUCAGGGGGGAAUUCUUGCGGGGCCUGUCACUCUACCUAAAGGAAACACACUGGGUCUUCCCUUCCAGAAAGAGUCCCUGCUGGGCAUGGUAUCAAAUCCAACAGAGGUGUUUUGCUCCGUACCAGGCCGUCUUUCCCUACUGAGCUCCACAUCCAAGUACAAGGUUACUGUGGCUGAAGUCCAGAGACGUUUGUCACCCCCAGAAUGCCUCAAUGCAUCGCUCCUGGGAGGCGUUCUACGCAGAGCAAAGUCAAAAAAUGGAGGCCGUUCUCUGAGAGAAAAGCUGGACAAAAUUGGGCUUAACCUGCCUGCAGGAAGAAGGAAGGCAGCUAAUGUCACUCUACUUACCUCACUAGUAGAAGGUGAAGCUGUUCAUUUAGCAAGAGACUUUGGUUAUGUGUGUGAGACUGAGUUCCCUGCGAAGGCAAUUGCUGAAUACCUGGGCAGGCCGCAUGUGGAGCGCAACGAGGUUAACUCGCGGAAGAACAUGCUCCUUGCUGCCAAGCAAAUCUGCAAGGAGUUCACCGACCUGCUCACUCAGGACCGUUCACCUUUGGGAAAUGCUAGGCCUGCUCCCAUCCUGGAGCCUGGAAUCCAGGGCUGCCUAACUCACUUUAGUCUCAUCACUCAUGGCUUUGGCUCACCGGCCAUCUGUGCUGCGAUGACCUCACUUCAGAACUACCUGAAUGAGGCACUCAAACAAGUGGACAAGAUGUACCUGAGCUCUGGUAGUGACACCCAGGGAUCCUCAGACAGUGGAAGUAAAUCUACUGAUAAAAUGGACAAACACAGGAAAUGAGAGCUCAAAGGAGAAUCCCUAUGAACUUCAGAAUCCCUGAGUCCCUUAAUCUCGCUGCCCUGUCUUCCCUUUUGGACUUUUUAAAACAAAACAAAAAAAAAAAAUCAAUAUUUGGUCUCGUCUUUUUGAGAGCGGAGUUUGUGCGUGAAUGUGUACGUAUGCUCACACUGUAAAAUUAUAUUUUUGACAAGUUGGGGAUUUUUAACAACCUGUCACAGCAGGUUGCAAAUGUGGUGAAUGCUGUGGAUUGGUCCUGGUGGGAGCCCACUCUGUGAAAGAGUAAAGCCCUUUUCAGACAUGGCAUCUGUCUCCUAAAGCGACAGGAUUGUCACUGUGAUGAGUCACUUUUACAAUUAAUGCUUGUCACACCUUCAUUCACACAUAGCAACAAGAGUGAUGCAGAGAGGCAUGUAUAUGUUAUUUGCCACAUGUGCAUUUGUGGUAAAUGGCAAUAACUCCUACCACUAUCGACUGGUAAGGUUUCUAUAUUAAGUUCUCUCUGCGAUUGCCACUAAGAACACGGUCUGUGUGUACUGCGUGGUGCUGCUGAGUGAGUUGUCCCACACAGGCUUAGCAUGAGAUCUCUUCAAGAAAAUGAAAAUGGCCAAAAUGCAGCAGAAUAAUGUUUUUAAUCUUGCUGCAAAUUAGAAAUAAGCCAGGGAUAUAUAUAUAUAUAUAUAAAUAAAAAAAGAGAGUCUAUGUUCAUAAUAUUGCUGUUUAGGGCAUUUUUCUUGUGAUAUGAACAACUCAAAAGUCACGCAGUCAUAAACACAUCAAUUAAUAUGACUGAAUGCAUGCGAUAUGUAAAUGCUACUCGAUACAAGCUAGCAAAACUAUGGUCAUGAGUUUUACAGAGAAGCUGCCAGAGUGAGCAUUCGUACACAAAGCCUAUGUGAUAAGAUGCUGUCAGAUUGCUAGAAAGGAGUACAUGCCUGAAUGGGGCUUAAUACAUGCCAUAUGAUACUAACCACUAUGCAGUUACGUACAGUUGCCAGUGGCCUAUUGCUACAACCACAGGACCUGUAUUUUGCUGAAGAAGAUGAUGGAAAAACGGUACAUUAAUUCAUAAAAAAUUAUAUAUAUAUAUAUAUAUAUAUAUAUAUAUAUUUCCCCCCCUCCCCCUCCCCUUUCUUUAUUUUUUGUUUUUUGCUUGCCCCCUCUUCUUUUGAGGACAUCAUUUCAAGAUGACUUUCUGUGGCUGUGAAUUCCUCUGUUUUCCCCAUCCUGCUCAGUCUGGCGGCAAAUCCACUUAUUUCCUGUGUCUCAAUAGACUUGCAAAGGACAGUUUUUACGUGUGAGAGAAAAUCCACUUCAUUUUCUUUAUUUUUCUGCAUUAGUUGUACGACUACUUCAGAAUGAAUCCAGUGUUGUUGUGCUUUGUUCAUGGGAGCUGAUUUGAAUCUUGUGCAGAUCUGGAUGAGGAAAAAAAAAAACACUUGGUUUGUCAGUCUGUGCUCUUUCAAACCAGAAACUUUAAAGUGCCCCCAUUAUACUGGUUUAUAGGCUCAUUAUUUUAUUUUUGUGGUUGUAUACUGCUUCAGCAGAUCUUCUCACCCUCUGAAACACUCAGUAUUAGCCGCUACAUUAGGAUUUGAAACAACUGUUUAUUCUUUUUUUUUUUUUUU